AAAUAAGUGUUUUGCUGAUAGUGAUUUCAUGUUGGAGAUGUAUAAGAUUAAAUAGUUGCUAUACUGUUUGUUUGAAGAACUAUUCAAUAAAUGUUCAUUUUCUCUUACAGAGUGUUAAUAUUAGGAGCUUCUGGAGGAGUUGGCACAUUUGCUGUACAGCUAGUGAAGGCCUGGGGUGCUCAUGUGACAGCAGUUUGUUCCCACGAUGCUAGCACACUGAUGAAAAAGCUUGGAGCAGAUGAUGUGAUUGAUUACAAAUCUGGAAAUUUGGAACAGCAGCUUAAAACCUUACCCUUAUUUGAUUUCAUCCUAGAUAGUGUCGGUGGAUCCACUGAGAGGUGGGCAUUAGAUCUCCUGAAGAAAUGGUCGGGAGCAACAUACGUUACCUUAGUGACGCCUUUCUUGAUCAACAUGGACAAACUUGGAGUGGCUGAUGGCAUGCUGCAAACAGGAGUCACGAUAGGCUCCAAAACCGUGAAGCAUCUCUUGAAAGGAGUCCAUUAUCGGUGGGCCUUCUUUAUGCCAAGUGGACCAAGCUUGGAUGAAAUCGCACAACUGGUUGACUCAGGAAAGGUUCAGCCAGUUAUCCAAGAAGUCUUCCCUUUUUCUGAAGUUCCAAAGGCCUUUCUGAAACUAGAAGAAGGACACGCCCGUGGAAAAACAGUGAUUGAUGUCAUUAAUAAAAAAUAAAGCAACUCUAAUUGUU